CCGCUGCUCGUUCGCACUCCAGUCUCCAAAGCUGGUCAGUCCGGUCACAACACAAAAUUCCGUUCUGGUGCUGUUGGCUAGCUAACAUAAGGGAUCACGUCGAUGCAUCGAUUAUCCGAGCCGCGGUUGCAUGCGGAAUCCGAGUGGGCUGGGAAGACCGGAAGUCUCACGUUCUUGGCUUGUUGCGCCUAGAUAUACAGGCAGAAGCUAGCGCUACCCACCUGCCUCUACUCACGAACCACGAUCGAAAAGAGGUGCAGAGCAAGACAACGACGACGAUCGAACAACUGCGUGCGGUCGAACAAUCUAAGCCAGCUAGCUAGCUUGAUUGAUUGUAGCUUCGUACGUGUCGUGUGAAUAAUCAUGGAGGUCGAUCGAUCUAUCGAACUGCGUGCGGUUGAACAAGGAGGAACGAUGUCGUCGUCGCCGCCGUCGGAGCUGGAUAUCAUGGAGGAGUAUGUGGAGACGGUGAAGGAGCGGGAGUCGGAGGCGAAGCUCAAGGACGUGAACUUGGACGAUUGGCUCCCCAUCACCUCCUCGCGCACCGCCAAGUGGUACUAUUCCGCCUUCCACAACGUGACGGCAAUGGUCGGCGCCGGCGUGCUGGGCCUCCCGUUCGCCAUGUCGCACCUCGGCUGGGGCCCCGGCGUGGUGGUCAUCGCCAGCUCCUUCGGGAUCACGCUCUACACGCUGUGGCAGAUGGUGGAGAUGCACGAGAUGGUCCCGGGGAAGCGCUUCGACCGGUACCACGAGCUGGGGCAGCACGCCUUCGGGAAGAAGCUCGGGCUCUGGAUCGUCGUGCCGCAGCAGCUCGUCGUCGACGUCGGCACCGACAUCGUCUACAUGGUCACCGGCGGCCAGUCGCUCAAGAAGUUCCACGACCUCGUCUGCAACGGCCGGUGCGAGGACAUACGCCUCACCUUCUUCAUCAUGAUCUUCGGUUCCGUCCACUUUCUGCUCUCGCAGAUGCCCAACUUCAACUCCAUCUCCGGCGUCUCGGCCGCCGCCGCCGUCAUGUCCAUCUGCUACUCCAUGGUCGCCUUCUUCGCGUCCGUGCUACACAAACACCCUGCUGCAGUUGGAGCCGUCGACUACGGGCUCAAGGCGGCGACCACGGCGGGGCACGUGUUCGGCGCGCUCAACGCCCUCGGGGCGGUGGCGUUCGCGUUCGCCGGCCACAACGUGGUGCUCGAGAUCCAGGCCACCAUCCCGUCCACCCCGGAGCAGCCGUCGAAGAAGCCCAUGUGGCGCGGCGUGCUCGUCGCGUACGCCAUCGUCGCGCUCUGCUACUUCUCGGUCGCCUUCGGCGGGUACUACGCCUUCGGCAACUCGGUCGACCCCAACAUCCUCAUCACGCUCGACAAGCCGCGGUGGCUCAUCGCCCUCGCCAACCUCAUGGUGGUCGUCCACGUCAUCGGCAGCUACCAGGUGUUCGCCAUGCCCGUCUUCGACAUGAUGGAGACGGUGCUCGUCAAGAAGCUCAAGUUCGCCCCCGGCCUCCCGCUGCGGCUCACCGCCCGCUCCGCCUACGUCGCGGUCACGAUGCUCGUCGGCAUGACCUUCCCCUUCUUCGACGGCCUGCUUGGGUUUUUCGGAGGCUUCGCGUUCGCGCCCACCACCUACUUCCUGCCCUGCAUCAUCUGGCUCAUGCUACGCAAGCCCGCCAGAUACAGCGUGACAUGGUUCCUCAACUGGAUAUUCAUCGCCAUCGGAGUUGCGCUCAUGCUGUUGUCCCCGAUCGGCGGGUUGCGCCAAAUCAUCCUUGACGCCAAGACUUUCAAGUUCUACUCUUAA